AUGUCUGCUGCUUCGAUUGAAUCUAGCGCUUCAGUUCUACGCCAACGUGCUCUUUUUUCUGCGGCGAAUCCUCCACUGUUCGUAGCAACUCACGCGAUCGAGAUAGUCGUCCACGUGAUGGCCAUGCUCGUUCGUAAGUGGCUAGUUCAAGGCUUACCUAACAGCGAGGCCAAGGCAUUGCGUCUCAACUUCAAGCCAGUCUUCGACAGUUCGUUUGAUUUAUUUUGCCCUAAGCUGGAUGAGUCCAUGGAAAGAAAGUGGCUGAGAGCCAAGAACCUGCCUAAAUUGAAAGACUUUCAAGAGAUAUGUUGAAGUCAACUCUCUAUGUUGAAGUCAAUUCAAUAUCAGAUAAAGGACUCAAUGCGGCCAAUGCUGCAUGCCUGGAACCAGAUGAGAGUGGACGAUCCAUUAUUGAACAGUGUAGAAUCAUCCCUCCGUUUAAUGGGCUCUGCAUUUGCAAAUGUUUCCAAAUUGCGACGUGAAAAUGGGAUUCGCCAUGUGGCCCCGUCCAUGAAACCAUUGCUGAAGGACCCACGGGCAUUCUCUUCUCGUGAGUGUGAGCGUUUGUUUGGCUCAAAAUUCAUAGACGUCAUGGUAAAAGAAGUUGAUGACGACGCUAAGUUGGCGAAAAUCGGACGCGAUGGCGGUCCCUCGCACAGCCAGAAUGGUGGCAAUUCCAAUCGGCGCAAUGUUGGCCGCAAUCAAAGCUCGUACGUCAGCCGUAAUAACCAGAGUAGUGGUUUCAACAAAGGCGGGAAGAACGACAAGGGGAAUCCCUACUUCAGGCAGACGGCCCAGGGCGCCAACAACAGGUAUGUCUGUUCUUCUCAUGGUUUCACACCCCCUAUUUUUCUGAGAAUGUCUCCCGUUCAGUCACAUGUUGGGGGUCGUUUAAGCAAAUUCGCAGACGCAUGGCUCUCUCUUUCUGAUGAUCAAUGGAUCUUGUCUACAGUCAAUCACGGUUAUGCCAUUGACUUUGUUAAACCCCUCGUCCAACAUUUCACCCCUUCAGGGUGUAUUAUGUCUAAAGAGAUGGAAAUUGUCUGCGACCAGGAAUUCACAUCUUUACUGGCAAAAGCCCCGCGAGUCUUUACGAAACUUUUAAAACCUGUUGUGGCCUAUUUACGCGAGCGUGGCAUCCGGUUAAUCAUUUACCUUGACGAUUUGCUUAUCUUAAACCAAUCUAGGGAUGACGCUUCCCUUACCGGCUGGGGUGCAGUUUGCGAUGGCUCUCGGUCUCGGGGACCUUGGACAAAGGCCGAUGCAGAUCGGCAUAUUAACGAAUUGGAGCUUUUAGUUGCAUAUUUUUCGUUACAAGCACGUGGAGUCGAGGACGGCGCCCGACUCGAGCGAUUGGAUGCUGCUGCAAGACAGGUUCAAACAACUAUCGAACAUUUGGACUGUACAAAUCGACCUCUUUGCGUCGGCCUGGAACGCUCAGCUUCCCAAUUUCGUGAGUUGGCUACCGCAACCCAAAGCUUCGGCGAUCAACGCAUUCGCAUUGAUUUGGCGGAAGUUUCUCGGCUACGCCUUUCCCCCAUUUGCUCUCAUCCCACGCUGCUUGUCCAAGAUAAAGAAAGAGAAGGCGGAUCUUGUUCUCGUGGGCCCUCUUUGGCCCUCUCAGCCUUGGUUCCCCCUUCUAUUGCAAAUGUCGAUCAAAUUUCCUCGAAUUCUAACCCCGCAUCGACUCUUGUUACACUCGCCAAUGCUAGAGCCACACCCGUUAAUUCAGUCAAAGAAAUUCCUUCUAGUCGCGUGGAAAUUGUCAGGCGACAUUUUGAAAGAAAAGGAUUUUCAAAAGAGACUGUCGACCUUCUCAUGGAAUGUGUCCGUGAGUCCACAACAGCUAGUUACGAGUCCGCCUGGAAGAAUUGGGUUAUUUGGAACCACGAACAGGGUUCGGAUCCCUUGUCUUCUUCUUUGAUAACUAUUCUGCAAUUUCUGACAGAUUUGGCUAAUUCUAAUUCCUCAUACAGUUCCGUCAAUACAUCUCGUUCAAUGCUUUCCUCCACUCUCGACCCCAUUGACGGAUACAAAAUAGGGGAACACCCUACUGUUGUGCAAUUGCUAAAAGGCUGUUUUAAUCGUAAGCCUCCUAAAGCCAGAUAUAAUUCCCUUUGGGAUCCAGAGAUUGUGUUAAUUUAUUUGGACUCAUUGCCAAAUAAUUCCGAUCUCGGUGCCGCUGUCUUAUCUAAAAAGUUAGCCACUUUAUUGGCUCUGGCCACUAUCUAUCGUGUAUCUGAAAUUAUGUCUAUUUCCUUUCAUUCAUUAAGAUUUUCCCCAACAGCAGCCAGUUUCUCCCUCACCCGACCGAAGAAAGCGCAGCACUCGGGUCCACUUAAAUCAUUCGUGCUACCUCGUUUUAAAGGCAAAUUUUGCCCGGUGGAGUGCCUUGAGUCUUAUGUUGCUAUCUCUAGAGAAUGGAGAGAUCCAGACUCGUCUGCUCUUUUUUUGUCAAUUAGAAGACCUCACAAACCAGUCGGUUCGUCUACAUUGGGUCGCUGGAUCAAGACGUGUUUAUCCGACGCUGGUCUAGACCCGUCAUCGUUUUCUGCUCACUCUACCCGCGGUGCUGCUGCCUCUAAAGCUGUAAAGCAAGGUAUCCCGGUGGAUACCGUCCUUAAAACAGCUAACUGGUCGAGAGAAUCGACAUUUCAAAAAUUUUAUCAUCGCGAGUUAGUUGGUACCACGAGUUCUGAGGGAGUGACGGGUAUUCUCCCGUAUGCGGGCGAUGGCGCUGCUAUCGCUUCUUGGGAGGAGCUAAAUACAGUGUUCCACACCGUUAAAGUCUCGCGGAACUGGAUUGCUGAUUCUGGAGCGUCAAGGAAUAUGUCUGAUCAAGAAUGGUGUUUUACGAACUAUGUGCCCGUGAAAGCAGGAACCUGGCCUGUUUCCGGAAUAGGAGAGGAUUCCCAACCUUUACAAGUUGCUGGUAAUGGUGACGUCCCGGUCAUGUGUUGUGUAGACGGAAGCUACAAUCGAGGAGUCCUUCAAAAGGUUUUGCACAUCCCUAAACUCGGUGUCAACCUAUUUAGCAUCAAGGCAGCCACUACUCAAGGAUUUAAAGCUGUCUUUACAGACUGUAGAGUUGAAUUGAUCAAGAACGGUGCAGUUCGUUUAGCCGAAAUCAGUAAUGAUAAUUAUCUGUACACUCUAGAUGUCAUCAGCUGUCAUGGGAAGUGA